UCGCUCUCUCAGUCAUCGUUUUUCGCUUGACUUUAACGGUUCUCGUGGGGAUUUAAUUCCAGCCUUUAAAUAAAAAAUAAAAGAAUAAAAGACGCGGAGUGCAAAACGGCUUAACUCUCACUAGUUAAUUACAAAGUUAACACAGUUAAUAUUUACCCAGUUAAAAGAGACAGCGAGAGAGCGAAAGAGACCACCCGCGCGGCUGGCAGAAAUAUUUACACUAGAGACUAAAAGGAUCAACAGGAAAAAAUGGGUAAAGCUCAGAGCAAGCGUUCAAUCGACAUCACCACCGAUCCCAAGAAGGUCGGCGAGGGGGAUGAGGUGGCCGGCAAGGUGGAGAAGAUUGAUGUGGACCAGAAGACGGACGCACCGGCGGUGAACGGUGAUGCUGCCACGCCCAAAGAAGGAGGCGAUGAAGCAGCGGCGACGGGAGAGAAAAAGGAAACGGAGGAACAUUCUGAGAACGACAAAGAUCUGACCACCGAAAAGAGUGCCGCAGCUGCUGAAGGUGGAGAUGCGGCUGCUGAAACGGCGAAGGGCGAGGAGGGUUCUCCCAAGGAGGGAGCAGCUGCCGCUGGCGAGGAUAUCACCCCGCUGGCCGAUGAAAGCAUCAAGUCCAAGUCCAAGAAGGAUAAGGUCAAAAAGAAGUGGUCCUUCCGCAGCAUCUCCUUUGGCAAGAAGGACAAACAGAAGCCUGCCAAGUCGGAGGAGGCGGUCUCCCCCACCUCUGGUACAACGUCGCCCACGACGGCCGAAGCAGAAGCUGCUCCAGCUGCGGAUGCAGCUCCAACGGAGGCCACAAACGGCGAGGCCGAAAAGACAGCCGAGACUGCCGCUGCUGAGCCCACCAAAGAGACUGCGUCCAAGGAUGAGGCGAAGCCCGCCGAGAAUGGAUCGGCGAGCGAGCAGGAGAAACAGGCCAACGGGGAAGCCGAGAAGGCGUCGCCAGCACCAACAACAGUUGAGGAAGCGGCACAGCCCAAGCCCGCCGAGGAACCAGCCACUACCACUGCCACCGAGUCGAACACUGCUGCCACCACCACUGCCACCGAAGAAGUUCCCGUGAAAGAGAGCCAGCCAGAACCGGAAGUGGUUACCAAUGGACAUGGAGCCGGGGAUGGAGAGGCGCUUACCAAUGGAUCAAGCAAUGGACUGGCCGAAUCUCCAGUGGCCGAGACAGCACCGGCAGUUGACAACAUUCCAAGCAACGUUGAUGACGAGCAGCCGCACCAGAAUGGCACCAAUGGCACUACCACGCCCCCGCCCACUCCCGUGGCCGUCGAGACCGAGAAGGGACAGCAAAUUGAGGUAAACAACCACACAAGAACAGACAGCACUACACACAACAACAACAACAGCAAAAACUUCACUGUAAAUACAAGUACAACAACAACAACAACAACCAAAAAAACAACAACCGAAAUCACAGAAAACACAGCACUAAAAACAAUAAGUACAGAAACCGAAAGAACUUGCACAGGCACUGUGACCGAGACCGUUGUAUCAGCCGCAGAGUUAGUUCAGACCCAAACAAUCCUAACCAAAACAACCAACACGAUCCUUCCCACCUCCCACACGCAGGCCAGCAUUGAAGCAGUUACCACGACCACUAGCCAGGCGGAGGAGGAAGUUGUGGCGGCGAUCAUCAAGGCGGUUAGCAGCGAGCUUGAAGCCGAAACGGAGACUGAGACGGAGGCUGAGGGAUUCGUGGUUGUUGCUCCUGUGUCCCCCGAAGUUGAAGUACCCGUUUCCAUUUCCCCUGUUGCAUUCGUGGCAGAAGUUCCCGGAGUUGAAACCGAAUCCGUGGCCGAGGUUGCCAAACUCGAAACUGAAUCCGUGGCCGAGGUUGCCAAAGUUGAAACUGAAUCCGUGACUGAGGUUCCUAAAGUGGAAACGGAGGCUGCUGCUGAAGUUCCCGAAGUUGAAUCCCAAUCCUCUAUCUUGGAGACCAGGAGCAGCAGUCCGCCACCUCCGUUGCCCAAAUCCCCGCCUCCAUCUCGAGUCUCUGCCUUUGUCCUUUCCGAUGAAGUUAUCGAGGAGCAGGUAACCCCCAACAACACCCCCGAAGUAAACCGUGAUGAGAUCGAGCAGCAGGCCAUGAGCAUUGUGGCUGAGAUCACCGAACAGGCGGCAGUAAUUCUCACGGAAAAGGAGAAACAAGAGGAGGAUUCCGAACUAGAGGAGUCUGUUCCUGUAGAUGUUGAAGAGAUCGCCGCCGUCACCGCUGACGCCGCCGCCUUCAGGGUUGAAGUUGAGGAGGAAGUUUCUUCAGUUAAAAACGAGGAAGAAACAGCUCCCUCUCAAACGGCUGAGAUCAUUUCUUCUACGCACCCGGAUGUUGUCCAGGAAACUAAUGUACAACAACCAACAUCCGACGAAGAAGAAUAUGUGCCAGUUCCAGCUUUCAUUGAUCCUGCGGAUCUGAAGGAAACUGUUGCUGUCACACAAGAGACCCUUACUGAUCAAGAGGAGGCUGUUGAGGAGGCGGCAAUUAAGGAUCAAGUUGAAACCCACCAAGAAGAAACCUCCGAACAAGAAACAUCAGACCAAGAAGCCAUAUCUGAGGAUGCGCAUAGCGAUAACGAUAAGGAGAACGAUAACGGAAACGACCUGGUCGGAAACAUAAUUAGCGAUCUGGAUGCCCCGAUCACCAAAGCAGUUGGCGAACUCCUCCUGGCAGAAUUGGAUGUGAGACCCACGGAACAGGAGGGCGAGAGCAACAACAAGGUGGAUCUCGCCAAGGAUCUGAAGGAGAAGAAUGCCGCGGCAGACGUUACAACACAGGAACAACUGCCCGUUACAUGCGAAUAAUCCUACUCAUAAUUAUUAUAUAUAAUAUUACAUAUUAUUAAAAACAAAACAACAAACGAUACAAGCAACAACAAAAGAACGCAACGUAAAACAACAAACAAUUACAAGAUAAACGAGAUAAAAACAAAACAAAACAAAAACAAAAAACAAGUAAAAAUACAUUUUUUAACAUUUACAUAUUUUAAAUAAUUUUUGUACGAACUUCAUAUCCCUAAACCAAGAUAUACGCAAGCAAAAGUCAGAGUUAAACGUGACACCACCAUCAACGCCACGCCACGCCACCACUGCAAACAAUGCAACCACUGCAACCACACAACCACCCCACUCAAACACCCACGCGCAGGCAUCAAUAGUUUUGUAUUGGUGCCUCUGAAUUCCAGAUCGGGGGAAUCCCCCUAAAAAACAACACACAACCAUCACCCAUCAAGCACACACAUCCACCACACAUGCGCAUACAUACCAUUCUCAUAUUGAUGAUCUUGAUAGAUAAAAAGAAUCAACAAAUCAUAUACGAUGAAAUGAUGAAAGUGAGGAGAAUUUUUUGAAUAAUUUCUACUAUACAUUUAACUGUAAGUUCGAAGAAAUUUGUAAAGAAUUUUUGGACGAAAUAUUGGAUAAAAUAUAUAUUAUAAAAUAUAAAACCCAAAA